CGAGGGGUUAUUGAAUCUUACUCCUCUUAUUUGUCUGUGGAUCUGUUAUUCCCAAUCUCCCCAAACCCUAGUUUUCUAAAUCCUCCAAUUUCUACGUUUGGAAUUCAAGAAUGGAGCAUCAGGACAGCAAGAUAUACAACCUGUUCGUGAAACACUUGGAUGGAAAAACCCUAACCCUCUUAUUUCCCUCUCCGAUCCUCUGCGUGAGUUUCAUCAAGGAUCGCCUUUUCGAACUCACUGGAAUUCCCGUGCAGCACCAGCGCCUCGUCACCGGAUUCCGAAACCUCAACGACGUAAUCCAAUGCUCCCCAGGAGAUGGCAACAUGUUCCCGUCCGUGCGGCUGCUGCUGCGUCUCAAAGGCGGAAAGGGAGGCUUCGGGUCGCUUCUUCGUGGCGCCGCGACGAAGGCCGGGCAGAAAAAGACCAACAAUUUCGACGCCUGUCGGGACAUGAGUGGUCGGAGGCUGAGGCACGUCAACGCCGAGAAGAGGUUAGAGGAGUGGAAGGCCGGAGAAGAGGAGAGAAAACUCGAGAAGGUGGCGGAGGAGUUUCUCAAGAAGCAAAUGAAGAAGGGUAAGGGUAAGGGAAAGGCUCAAGGUGAUGGUGAAGCUCACAAAUACGUGGAGAAAUAUCGGGCGGAAUCUGAACGAUGCGUUGCGGAGGUUGCCUUGUCCGUUAAGGAGGCUCUCACUGCCAAACGCAAGACACCUUCACAACCCCAACACGAUGCCAAGAAGUUAAAGAUAUGGAUGGGGAAGAGGAAAUUGAAUGAAAGUGACAGUGAUUAUAGUGAUGAUUCUGAUGUAGAGGGGAAAAUGGAGAAAUCAGAUUUAUUGAAUGACCAGAAUAAGUCUGAGUCAACUAUGGCUGAGGGCAGUCUGGGUUCGGUGACUGGUGGAGGAGGCGCCUCUGGUUCUGGCUCGUGUGAAAGUGGCUCCGAGGAAGAGAAGGAAACUAUUGUACAAGGAAAUGUGGGAUCUGUUGGGUUGCUAAGUGAUGAAAGUAUUCAGCCCGUGGACGAGCCUAUGGUAAGCAAUGAAGCUAUUGAUGGUGCUGUGACUCAGGUCUCAAAUAUUACAGGCUCUGAAACUGUGGCCACUGGCGACUCUAAUAAUGAUAUGGAAAUUGAUGGAUCAUUUGAGCAUAAAGCAGCAGUCAAUGAAGAGAACUCGCCAAGCACUAGUGUUCCCGCGAUGGAUGAGCCCCUGAAUUUUGAUGCAUUUAAUUCCUCUUCCGAACUUGAGGUUCUUGGCUUGGAAAGGUUGAAGUCUGAACUGCAGUCACGUGGGUUAAAAUGUGGAGGUACUUUGCAGGAGCGGGCUGCCAGGCUGUUUCUUCUAAAAAACACUCCUCUGGAUAAACUUCCAAAGAAGCUGCUCGCUAAGAAGUAAAGAGUGUUCUGAGAUGGCAGUUACUUUUUCUGUACAGUAUUUCGUAACUAUUUGCACCUUUUACUUAGGUGUCAACUGUAUCCUCUGACAUGGGGAGCUGACUGAUGCAUGCCUUUUUCUGUUCGUUUUUAGUGUUCAUCGUGAGCGGUAUUUUAUGAAGUAAUAAUACCUUUUACCAGCACCUAAAGGAAGCUGAACACUGUAAAAUCCAAGAAUUAUGCAUUAUGAACAAUUCCAAUUUUUCCUUUUUGUUUUAUAUUAUCAGAAAACUUUAUCAUCAA